AUGUCCAAGCUCUUGACCGUCGUCGGCGCCACAGGCACCCAGGGCACUUCUCUCAUCAACACUGCUCUCAAGCACGGCAUCUACAAGAUCCGCGGCCUAACCCGCAACCCGGAUAGCGAAAAGGCUAAAGCACUCGCCGCUCGAGGCGUCGAGAUCGUCCAGGCUGACAUAAACGACGAAGGGUCCCUAGUUCGCGCCUUCGCCGGCUCGCAUGCCAUUUUCGCCAUCACCGACUUCUUCGAACCCUUCGUCAUCUACGGCACCGAGAAGGCCAUCGAGAUUGAGGUCCAGCAGGGCAUCAACAUGGCCCGGGCGGCCUCGCAGACCAGCACGCUAGAACACUACAUCUGGAGCACACUGCCCAACGGCAUGAAGUUGACGCACGGCAAGUAUCUGGUCCCGCACUUCGAGGGCAAGAACCGCAUCGACGCCGCCAUCCGGGCUGAUACCCGCCUCCUUGUGAAGACGACUUUUCUCUGGAUCACCUGGUACGGCAAUAACUUCCAAUACCCGAUCUUCACGCCUAACUACGUCAAGACGGCGAACGCGUAUGUUCAGCUGUCACCCGCUCAUCCCAGCACGCCCAUCAAAGCGAUUGGUGACCCGCUGGUCAAUAUCGGCGUUUUCGCCCACGCUAUCCUCACACACCCGGAGUUGACUCUCCGACCGGAGGGGCGGUUCAUCCUCGCGCAUAGCGAAGAUACCACCGCCGGUAAACUAUUGAGUGAUUGGAGCGAAGUUACGGGCAAGCCAUCCAAAUACGUCGUCACGAGUCUGGACGACUUUGCCAAUGUAUGGCCUGGAUUCGGAUUGGAGAUGGGUAUCAUGAUGGCGAUGUGGGACGAGCUGCGGGACGAUUCGUGGAGUGGUGAAGAGGGCGUAAUUACGGGCAAGGACCUUGGCAUUAAGCCGGAAGAUCUGACGGAUGUGAAAGAUGCGUAUAAGGUGAUGGAUUGGAAUACUCUGUUGUGA